ACACAACCACAGGAAGAUCCUAUAAAUGUUUUAGCAGGAUCCAUUCUAGGGCUCUGCGGAACCCAUUAUACAACCAUGGCUUGUUCAACAUUGGCCCCUGAUUGGAUUUGGUGGGAUAGCUGUACACAUUUCAUUGCUGUACGAGUUCUUGAAUAUCUUAUCUAUCCCAAUGUCAACAAUCGCGUCAGCUUGUACUAUAUACAAGAAUUACUCCAGUAUUUGGAUAAUUGUAUCAUUGAAAACCACGACUAUUAUAAUAAGGAUCCAUCUAACUGUUGUAUGUAUCAUGAUAAUCCUACAACAAAUAUUUCUGUAAUGGAUUUUGUUUCGGACAACGUUAAAAGGCUGGGAUUAGGAUUCAAGUCUUCCCGUUACACACUUUCCGUUUCCUAUCAAACAUCCCAACCUUUACAUCCUCUACAACGCUUUGUCAAACAACUACUGCAAUACAUUCCCAGCCAACACCGGUUUGUAUUUCUUCGUAGUGGAUUAGAAUACUCAGGAUUUUUACCAGACGUACUGAAAUUUUUGCUGCCUCAUCUUUUGUUGUUCACUCUAACACAUUUACCUGAAAACAAUGAAGAAAUCGCUAUUCGAAUAGGGAAAACGGUCGUUCAUAUUCUUGAUUUAGCCACCAUGCACUCAGAAUCGUCAACCACCUCAAUUGGAAUGCCUGACGAAACGUUUAUACUAUUCGACCCCACCACUACAUGUCAAAUACUUUUCUCGGCGAUUGAUAACCUAGCGCAAUUGGUACACGUCUAUAGUAAAAUAGAUGUUGAGACUCAUUCCAAUUUGGAAACGCAAAGUUUUGAAAAUCCCCAGCUACGUCAAUCUAUGUCAUUAUCUUUACCCGCACAUGCAUGGUUAUAUCUUCAGCUGGUGUUACGCGUUUGUCGUGGUAGUAAUGCUGCAGUAGCGGCGUGCAAAAUAGGAGCUUUUUCAAGGUGUUUGUUUUAUUUAGAAUCGACUCUGUUUUCUAAGGGCGUCACUUCCAGUGUGGUUGAUUCAAUGAUGAACUUGCCAAAAGAAUUAGACAAUUACACAUCAACGUUUGUUCCUAUAUUUAUCGACGCUUUUCGUGGCCUGCAGGAUUGGGAAAACAUUCGAGGUUGCUUAGAAGCUGUAACCAUUUCCAAAGACAAGGAUAUUUUUAUAGACCGAUUAGCACUUACUUUAGAAUCGCAAAAUGAACCUAUGGUUAUAGCAUGGGAGUAUACACGUUUGUCAAGGAUGAAUCACGUCAAAUCGGAUGAUUUUCGAUCAAAAGCUUUACAUUCCUUUUUAGAUGCUCGUGAUAUCAACACUUUUCUAUUAGAGUACGAAAAAUCGAGUGGAGCUGUGAAGGCUGCUUGUCUUCCUUUGUUUAUGAAAUCUCUGUGGAAGCAAGGAUUAUGGACUGUUUUAGAAUAUCUUUAUGUAAAAUAUAGUGAUACCAUUCGAAUAUCAACUUGUUCAGCCAGUUCAAAUGAACUUUUGAUAAAGGAUGCGACUGGCGAACGCACAACAUUUCAUCAAGCUUCAAAUUAUCCGUGUAUCGAGUAUGAUAUACCCCCAUCUAUUAUUGAAUUACCUUCACCUGGCGAAAUCGAUUUAGCCGCUUCGACAUGGUCAAUGCAAGAUAGAUUAGAUUUUUUGAUUGCUGGCGUUUUAUCCGCUGUACAUCAAAAAAAUUUUUCUUUAACUCAUAACCGGCUUGAACGGUUUUCUAAAAUCGCAGCCGCGUCUUUAGCCACCACAACCAGAGAAACUUACUUUCGAUCGCACCUUACGUUGUUACCUUUACAAUUAUCAACGGAUUUAAAGCAAUUGAUUCAAAUUACCCAAGAAAAAAACAUGUCGGAAGAGCUUCUUAUGGAACGUGUUAAAGUGGUGGUGAAUUCAUCACCACCGUUGAUUGAGGUUUUAGAUACAAUGAAAGUCGCCUUAGAAGAACUUAAUUGUUUACGCACCGCUGCUAUGGUUUCCAUCCGACUAAGCAAAGUUUUGCGUAAAACAAUUCUUUACCCCCCACAUGCGUCCCGUUUCAACCCAGUCACGCUCUGUGGAAAACAUCAAUUAACGGAUUACUUGAGAUUCUUUGAUACUGCCUCUAACGAUGAUAUGCUUAUGAGAGCUUUACGAACCGAAUUAUCUAAAUGUGUACCAUCUAGUAUGCGACUUAGCCUUUUGGAGCCAUUAACAACAGUCGAUGAUAAAAUAGCAGUCCGCUAUGCGAAACUUAGUGUUUCAACGACACAUCUAUUGCCAGAAAAACUUCAAAUGUUACAAAAGGUUGUUGAACAUCAUCCUCAGUCUGAAAAAGCCCAUCGAUGCUUAGCGGAGUUACUAGACACCCAAAUUUAUGACUGGAGCUCACGAACAUUCAAAACAUGCCAGAAAACUGAGUACUCGGACAUGGAAUGUCCCCAAUCUGCAUUAGAUGACCUCCCGAAUUUCCCCAAAGGCUGGUCGAUGAUUUCCUUGGUGGAAUCUGCAAUAUACCACCAUCUGGAGGCAGCUGCAUGGUCCAAAUCAACGCAACGCGCACGAUUUCAUUUACUCAAAUUUCUGCAGCUUUUAGUGGAUAUAUUUUUUCGAGAAAAAACUGUAAAUAAAAACGAGGAUGUUCCAUCCGUUGGCACUGGAAACAAUAUGAAUCAUGCUACAGUACAAAAAAUUUUUAUACAAAAAAUUUUUACAUUAAUUAAAGAUCCUUUUGAUCGAAUCCCAAUUUCUUACUGGUAUCUUGAAGUAUCCCAGCUUGUGGCUCGUUGUCAACAUAAACAAUUGGGACCCAAAAUUUUUCAACCGUUGCUAGCACGAUUAUUACUACAUAUGCCUCAAAAAAUGGCUUGGCACCUAGGUCCCUGGUUUUGCUCAGAAAGAAGUGAGCGUCAUGUCACCGCAAACAACGUUCUAAAGGCGGCGAGGGAGUUGGAAGAUAAUGUGUCAAAUAGUCUUCUAGUUUUUUAUGUUGAAAGAACAGCAACAUUUAUUUCAUGCCUAGUAUCUUUAGCGAAUGCAACACUUACACCAGUAUCCCAGCAACAAGAAUCUCCGUCAAAAAAUAAAGUAAAAUUAUCCAAAGAACUACCCGAACUUUCCCGAAUUUUAUCAUCUGUGAUUGUAGCAAACGGUUCAACAAAUUCCAUACUCUUACCAUUACUUUCACAACUGGAUGCAUCGGGAAGCAAUGUCAAUUCGAAUUGUACAUUUGUACAUCAUAUAGAUGACACUAUGUUAAUCAUGCGGUCAAAACAACGUCCUAAAAAACUUCUUUUCAAAGGAAGCGAUGGUUUUGAUUACCCUUGGUUAGUGAAGAAAGAGUCCCGUGGGGAUCUAAGAAAAGAUGCACGUCUUAUGGAGGUCGCGGGAUAUGUCAAUGAGUGGAUGGAAAAAGUUGAAAAAAUCAAGGAAAAAAAUUUAAAGAUUCAGCGCUACUCUGUUAUACCGUUAAACGAAAUUACUGGUCUUAUAGAAUGGCUUCCACAUUUGGUAACACUACGGUGUGCUGUUCUUGAAUUAUUGGAGACUCAUCUAGGACAAGAUAAAUUUAUGAAUUUUAUGAAAAAAGUGAUCAGUCGUUACAAUCGACAUAAACACAACCCUUCCGCGUUGUUUACCGAUUUUCAAGAAACGUUAAAAAUUUUUAAACCCGUGUUACAAGAGUUUUUUUUUGAGCGUUACGGAAUCAAUGUUGCGGUCUGGUAUGAAUGUCGUAAAACGUACUGUGAGUCUUUGGCAAGCUGGAGCGUUCUUGGAUAUGUUUUUGGUUUAGGUGACCGCCACGGAGAAAACAUUUUAAUAAAUAUCAAAACUGGACAGAUAGUUCAUGUUGAUUUUGAUUGUUUAUUUGAGAAAGGAUUGAAACUGCCUGUUCCAGAAAUUGUUCCUUUUCGAUUAACGCAAAAUUUAAUAGCAGGAUUAGGUUUUGGUGGCUUAAAAGGCAGAUUCCUUUCAGCGUGUGUUGAUACUUUGAUUACCCUUAAAGAAUACCAAACAGACUUCCUUUCUCUACUUCAAAGUUUCGUGUUUGAUCCUUUAAUCGAGUGGACUCGUGUUGGUAAAAAUGGUUACAGUCAGCAAGAAGAAGAUUACGAAGGCGGUGGCCUUCGUGCUACUAAGUAUUUACAGGACGUGAAAGUUAAGCUUAUAGGAGGUCUCAACUGCCGGUCACAGAAACUAUUAAAACCUUCAUCAACACUUUGUACAGCCGGUUCUCAAAAGAGUCAACAAAAUUCCCAACUAAAAGUUGAGGAAAUUUAUAACUAUGUCACAACAUGGGUAGUCGAACCUAAUAUUACAGUGGAAACUCAAGUAAAAGAACUCAUGGAAGCUGCGUCAUGUCAGAAAAAUUUGUCGCUCAUGUAUUUAGGAUGGAUGCCUUGGGUAUAGAUAAAUUUUGUUAUUUAUUAUAAUUCAGAAACUAAAAAUCCAGAAAAAAGACGUGAUUCACUCUUCAUAAUAGGGUGUGUUCUUUUUUCUAAAACCUAUACAUGACGCUACGAUAGAAUAAAGAAAGUGAUAUACGUUAAUCUAUAACCUACAACAAAUUCUCUUAAAAAUAGUUCUUCAAAUGUAAUAUCAAGAAAUGAUUUGAAAUUUAUUAAAUCUUGUUGGACUGAAAACGCGUGUGUAUGACUCAAAGAAAAGAAUACAAACCGCCCGUCUUGAAAUCAAUAAGAAAAAAAUAACAGUCUGCUUAACGACAUUUAUUGUAUAAAUACCUGGUUUAAGAAAAUGUUGGCUUAACUUUGUUGCAAUGGAUGCUACAUGGCUUAUGCUAAAUUCUACUUCGUUACAACCAGGCGACAGUGCAACAAGAAUUGCGUCCACAGGUUGCUCAACCAAAUUUUUAGCUGAACUAUAAC